CCCAUUGGCCAAACCUAGCUUUGUCGUUACCCACAAAAGCUAAAAAUCAAAGAUAAGAAGAGAACAGAGCAACAGCAAAGAUCUUUGCAACAAAUCUAGGCCUGGAGAAGCCUAAAUCAUCAUCUUCUUCUUAGAUCCCUUAAGGAGCUUCACCGGAAAACUUCCUCUCAUUACCGGAAAGCCAUGGCGGAUUGUGGUGAUGGUUGCUGUAGGUGCUGCUGCAGCUUCAUAUUCACUCUAGGCCUGACAGCUCUUUUCAUGUGGCUAAGCCUGCGUCCCUCAAAACCCAAAUGCAUACUCAAACAAUUCUACAUUCCGGCCCUUAACAAGACCCUGAAUCCUCCAGGAAAUACUACACUCUUCUUUCAGCUCAGACUAGAGAACACUAACAAAGACAAGGGAGUGUACUACGAUCCGGUAAAUGUAACAUUUUUCGACAGCCCGAACAAGAGUCACUUCAUAGGGAAUUUCAACAUCCCUAAGUUUUAUCAAGGGCACAAGAAGAAGGCAACGAAAGGUGGUAAUUUUAGCCCCAGUGGAGUUGAUUGGAAAGCGGUUUCGCUGGCGGUUUCUAAUGGGUCGGCUGUUUUCCAUGUAAAUAUGGCGACUUGGGUGAGGUACAAGAUUAUGGCAUGGAAAACUAAGAGGCAUAGGAUCAUGGUCGGAGCCGAUGUGAAAAUCAGUAAUGAAGGCACUCAGGUCAACCCCAAGAAGGGGAUAAAGCUGAGUUCAGGUCAAGAAAUGAUUGGAAAAUCUUAUGGGAAAACAAUAGUGAUUUUGUUAAUCACUUUGUUUGCUUAAUUAUUUUGAAUUUCCUAGAGGUUCUUUCUUUUUGUGGGUAUCUGUAAUUUCCUGGAAAAAUGCAGUUGUUAUUAAACUGAUAGUUUGCACAUGUGGGAGUUUUUUGGAAUUGAAAUUGGUAUCCACUAUUCACUAUUCACUAUUCACUAUUCA